AUGAUUGCCGACGCCAGUCUAUCAUGCAAGUUCUUCCCCAAGAUCGCGGACCGCCAGCUUAGUACUACGCACAGGCAAUGUUUGGGUAUGGAGAUUGCCAAAAGCGAACUGGACUGGACUUGCAAGCGUCAUGGAAGUCUGAUCAAAGUACCCGUCGGCCAAUGA